AUGGAUGGGUAUGCUGAUAGUGUUCCCUAUUCAGAAAAAACAAAUUUAAUCUUUUCAUUAUACAAUUUCCCAUCUUUAGAGGCAAAUGUAUCAGCUGAAUAUGAAUCUGUUUUAAUUCAGUGGAAUAGUACUGGUGGUGUACCUGGUAAUAUUACCUAUCAAGUAUCAAGUAUUCCCUCUGACACCAGAAAUUCGCCGUAUGUAUGGUGCAGUGGAAUGAAUAUUAAUUCAUGUCUCAUCACUGGAUUGGUAUCACAAACAAAUUAUUCAUUUGAAAUUCAAAUGUCAUCAGUUCAAUUUGAUCCAUUUGUUAAAAUAAUUAACACUCAAACAAAACAAUAUCCAAAUAAUGUAACAUGUGUUGAUUAUAAUAAUGGAAAUAGUCAAGUUGAUUGUAAUGGUCAUGGUGAAUGUAUUGACAGUACUUGUUUAUGUGAUGAUUCAAGAACUGAUUUAUAUCUCAGUGCAUCCAUCGAGGGAGAAUUAUCAAGAUGGCUUUGA